AGAAAAGUUAUGGUUUCACAAAGCUAGUAUAAAUACAAGUACUAGUAGCAGUAAACAUAGUUGUAAUUGCCUCUAGUCUACUCUUCUCUUCUCUCUCCCUCUUUGUAGUUUCUCGAAUAUUUUCUUCUGAGUAUGCACAAGCUCAUUAUUCAUUUUCUAUAACCUCUGAAAAUAGAAUCAUACAGUAACAUUUAUCUUAAAGAGUUUCAGUUUGGUGCACACAAAGCUCAUACAACAUUCUUCAUGGCUCUUCGCUGCUUAUCUCAAUCUUCAACAACUUUGUUCUAUCUCUCUAACAUCUGUGGAUUUCGUAUGCAUGGGACUAAGGCAGCAGUUUCUGUUGUAGAAGAACAUGUCUCGAAGAUGGUGGGGACAGGACGUGAGGAUGAAGAGUAUGCUGAUGUGGAUUGGGACAACCUCGGAUUCAGUCUUGUACGGACAGAUUACAUGUUCGCCACCAGAAGUUGCAGAGAAGGAAACUUCGAACAAGGUUGCCUUAGCCGUUACGGCAACAUCGAGCUCAACCCUGCUGCUGGAAUUCUCAACUACGGCCAGGGAUUAAUCGAGGGGAUGAAAGCUUACAGAGGAGAAGAUGGUAGGGUUCUUCUAUUUCGUCCAGAGUUAAAUGCCGUGCGUAUGAAGAAAGGAGCAGAGAGAAUGUGUAUGCAUUCUCCUUCUGUUCAACAGUUUAUUGAAUGUGUUAAGCAAACCGUUCUUGCAAACAGACGCUGGGUUCCUCCUCCUGGAAAAGGCUCCUUAUAUCUCAGACCAUUGUUGUUUGGAAGUGGAGCAAGCUUGGGUUUGUCUGCAGCAUCAGAGUUUACGUUUCUUGUGUUUGGUUCUCCUGUUCAAAACUAUUUUAAAGAAGGUACAUCAGCACUGAAUCUCUACGUUGAGGAGGUGAUUCCACGCGCGUAUCUUGGAGGAAGUGGUGGCGUUAAGUCCAUUUCUAAUUACGGUCCAGUGCUUGAAGUGAUGAGAAGAGCGAAAGCGAGAGGGUUUUCGGAUGUAUUGUAUCUGGAUGCAGAAACUAAGAAGAAUAUAGAGGAAGUUUCUGCUUCUAAUAUAUUCCUUGUAAAGGGGAAUACAAUAGUGACUCCAGCUACUAACGGGACGAUUCUCGGAGGGAUCACACGAAAGAGCGUAAUCGAAAUUGCUAUUGAUCUUGGUUACAAGGUGGAAGAACGAGUAGUUCCGGUAGAAGAACUGAAGGAAGCAGAAGAAGUUUUCUGCACUGGAACUGCCACCGGGGUUGCUUCUGUUGGGAGCAUCACGUUUCAGAACACCAGGACUGAGUACAAAGUUGGAGAUGGGCUUGUAACGCAGCAACUUCGAUCUAUUCUUGUCGGAAUACAAACUGGUUCUAUCCAAGACACUAAGAAUUGGGUGUUGGAGAUAGAUUAAUUUCAGAGAAAAAUAAAUCAAUUGUUAUGUUGCACUCUUUGAUGUAUCAAAAGAUUUGGAACUCUCGAAAUGGGCGUUGUCACAUUUCGUGCAUCCCUUCAUUUUA